AUGUCGGAGACUGCUCCAGUUGCUCCUGCUGCGCCCGCACCUGCGGAGAAGACACCUGUUAAGAAGAAGGCAAAGAAAACGGGCGCAGCUGCGGGAAAGCGCAAGGCGUCCGGGCCCCCGGUGUCCGAGCUCAUCACCAAGGCUGUCGCCGCCUCCAAGGAGCGCAGCGGCGUGUCCCUGGCCGCGCUCAAGAAGGCGCUGGCGGCCGCGGGCUACGACGUGGAGAAGAACAACAGCCGCAUCAAGCUCGGCCUCAAGAGCCUGGUGAGCAAGGGCACCCUGGUGCAGACCAAGGGCACCGGCGCCUCGGGCUCCUUCAAGCUCAACAAGAAGGCGGCCUCCGGCGACGCCAAGCCCAAGGCCAAGAAGGCGGGCGCGGCCAAGCCCAAGAAGCCCGCGGGGGCGGCUAAGAAGCCCAAGAAGGCCACCGGAGCGGCCACCCCGAAGAAGAGUGCCAAGAAGACCCCGAAGAAGGCCAAGAAGCCGGCGGCGGCUGCUGGGGCCAAGAAAGUAGCCAAGAGCCCCAAGAAGGUAAAGGCGGCCAAGCCGAAGAAGGCGACCAAGAGCCCGUCCAAGGCCAAAGCCCCUAAGCCCAAGGCCGCCAAGCCCAAGUCGGCCAAGCCCAAAGCCACAAAGGCCAAGAAGGCGGCGCCCAAGAGGAAGUAA